GCCUCUGUGCUGAGCACAGUGGGUCCUGCUCUUGGCUGGGGCUUCACCUCUGCGAGUGACAGACAUGAUUCUCUCCUCACGCCUGUCUCCUCCCUCUCCAGAGCUUGUGAGAGCCUGCAAAGAGACGCUGUCUUCUGCAGCUUCGGGAUCCCAGCAGCAAUGAGAGUCUGAUGGACUGUAAAUGCACCUGCUUUGUUUAAAACCCAGCCAAACAGAUAAGUGCACUUUUAAUUACCUCCAAACGGUGCUUUAGACGUAGCUGUGCACAGCAUCUCUCUGCAAUUUGCUCUCACUUGCUGAGGCUCUGUGUUUCACCCCUGCCAAUGAAUGCUGUGCAGGUCUCAUUUCAGCUGAGAAACACCAGACCAGAUGGGUAUUCAGCAUUCAGGUAAUUCAUUGGUGUCUGAGGAGCUGCAGCUCAGGGGUUGGGAGGCUCCCAGGGGUCUUCCAGAGCAGCCCUGGGAGGUUUUGGGACUCUUGGAGCAGCUCUGUGGGAGCAGAGGAGGCUGAUGUGACCCAUCUGAGCCUUAAGGAGUCCUAUGGGACUCAUUAGAGGUUUAAUAACUAAACUUGGCUGGUUUGAUUGAGAGGAGGCUUGUGCAGGCUUGGCACAAUCUCAGAGAAACCAGCUCAUGCUGCUGGCAGGAGAAAGGGCUUUCUGCAUGUGCUUCUCAUAUGUGUGCAGAGACAGUGAUGACUCUGCUUCCAGGUGGGAAAAGAGCUGGGGAUGGGGGAGAAAAGACCUUGGUUUCACUGAGUUUACACAGGGCAUGCAAAGAAAAAAUAUUGUGGGUGAUUGGUAAGAAUUGUCCCCUCAAAGUUAGGGGAACCUUUUAAUCUCUCUACCAAGAAAGCAAUUUCUUCUUCUAGAGGUGACCACUGUCUCCUUGUGGACACACCACUGCAAUUGCUCAAUUAUUCAAGAAACCCAUAAAAGAGGGUCUUACCUAAAGUGUAACUGCAUCCAGGGGGCUGGGGCCAAUAUUCACCAAAAUGCAAUUUUAGAAUAAUGAAAAUAAAAGCACUGAAGUGUGUGAGCAUUGUUGGGGAUGCAAGAGCCAAAUUAUCUGCUCCAGACUUGUCUUGCCUGCUCCACCAGGGAUUAAUUACUGGUGUAAAACUUCUACCUUGCUAUUAGGAAAACUGCAGACAGGUUUGCUACAGCAAAUUAGGCUGUAGUAACUGACCUGAAUUCGCCUUACCUGCCUAAGCAAAAGGUGAGUUUCUUGGUGAAGCUGUUGAUUUAGGGGUGAUAGAGAGACACAGGAGAGACAAGGAGGGGAAGUGGGAGGGUGCUGCAGUUUGUGAAAACUAAAUCUGGAUCAACUCAUGAUCCCUGAAGUGUCUGAAGUUCCUUCUUUUCUAGGAAAAACUUCACUGCUGCUGUUCUUACCAAGGAAUUUUUGAUAUUAAUAGAAGAAAUGGCACAUCUGUUAGUAAUGACUCAGCUCUCUUACAAUUGUAAACAGUACUUAUUCCUGACUCUUUAAUACUUUGAAAGCUUGACACUAUAUUGAGAUAAUGCAUAAAAUGGAGCUCUAGUGAGAAAAUCAGGGCUAAUUCAUUCAGCAAGUGUGGAUAGGAAAUUUAAAAAGCUUAAAUCCUCUCUGUGAACCAACUAAUGCAGCUUAAUGUUUUUCUAACCUCAAAGAUUCUCAAGGUAUUGAUUGUUAGUUGGCAACUUUAAACCUGUUUUCUGCCAGUUUAAAUCUGUUUUCUGAAAUCAAUGUAUCCCCAUAUUAAAUCCCAUGAAAUUAACCCUAGGCUGGCCAGUUCCAGUCUGGGAAAUCUGGCAUUACUCAAAGUCAAAUUUGGGAAUCAUCCUGAGGUGUGGCUGGCAUGCAACAUGUAAAGCUCUGUGCUGCCUGGAAGAAGAAGAAGCAGAAAACACUUAAAGUGUUUUUUGGGAGCUGUGCUGAUAAGAGGGAUGAUACCAAGGGUGUUCUAUGCACCUGUGGUUUAACUGGUACUUCCUGCAGCUGAGCAGAACAGAUUCAACAGGCACUGAAAAAAACCAAAUUUGUCCAGAAAAGCAGAUCCUUGAAUCCCUAACUCCUUGUCUUACAGGUGAGCCUUGAGGACACUUGGGACACUGUGGCUUCUGAAUGUGGGACAUUUCCCUGUGAUUAGAAGAAAGCUAUGGGGAAAGAGAAGAAAGAAGAGGCAAUCUUCCUGAGGAAAAAGAUAACUCUGCUGAGAGCUUUCUCACUGCUCAUUGGCAGCAUGGUGGGCAGUGGCAUCUUCAUUUCCCCCAAGGGAGUGCUGCAGAACUCUGGCAGUGUGGGAUUCUCCCUGGUUGUCUGGUUCUCCUGUGGGCUCCUCUCCAUGUUUGGUGCCUUGAGUUAUGCAGAGCUUGGAACAAGAAUCACCAAGUCUGGAGGACAUUACAUCUACAUUUUGGAGACUCUAGGGCCUCUGCCAAGCUUCUUAUUCCUGUGGGCAGAGUUUUUUGCUAUCAGGCCUGCCAACAGUGCUGUGGUUUCCCUGGCAUUUGGGCGCUACAUGCUGGAGCCUUUCUUCGCCCCCUGUGCUGCCCCUGUCCCUGCAGUGAAGCUUGUGUCUCUCCUGGGCUACUACAUGGUCCUGACCCUCAACUCCUGGAGUGUCACCUGGAGUGCACGGCUGCAGACGGCGCUCUCCGUGGUCAAACUCCUGGCUCUGGCACUCAUCAUCGUGCCAGGGAUGAUGCUGCUGGCCCAGGGGCACACCGAGAACUUCCAGGAUGCUUUUGACCGGCAGUCGCUGGUGUUGGACAAGCUCCCCCUGGCUUUCUAUGCAGGCAUGUUCGCCUACUCCGGCUGGUUUCAGACCAGCUUUGUGCGGGAAGAGUUGGUCAAACCUGAACGAAAUAUCCCCCUGGCUGUCAUCGUGUCUGUGAUCACGGUAAUUGUGGGGUACAUGCUCACCAACGUCUCCUAUUACACAGUCCUGGGAACACAAGAUGUUCUGGCCUCUCCUGCCGUGGCUGUGAGUUUUGUGCAGCGAGCCUUCAAAAGCCUCAUCUCCGUGGUCCCUGUCCUUGUUGCACUGUCCUGCUUUGGAACCAUGAAUGGAGGAAUCUUCACAUUUUCAAGGACUCUGUUUGUGGCUUCCAGGGAAGGGCAGUGGCCUCCUCUCUUCUCCAUGAUCCACAUUCGAAGGCACACCCCUCUUCCUGCUGUCAUGCUAAUGUUCCCUUUGGUCACUGCCAUGGUGUGCAUUGGAGACAUUUACCAUCUCCUGAACUUCUUCAGCUUUUCCCGAUGGCUCUUCAUAGGAUUGGCCACCCUGGGGCUCAUCGUGCAUCGGCACCGUCACCCCGAGCUGCGCAGCCCCUUCAAGGUUCCCCUGUUUGUUCCUAUCUCUUUUACCAUCAUCUGCCUCUUCACAGUGGCCAUGUCUUUCUACUCAGACCCUGUGAGCAUUAGCAUUGGAUGCACCAUGGUUUUGAGUGGUUUUCCAGUCUACUACCUCAUAAUUCACAGGCAGAUGUCAGCCCGCUGCCGCAACCUCUUCUAUUAUCUUACACACAAACUACAGUUACUGCUGGAAGUUGUCCAACAAGAAAUCAAGACUUACUGAGAAAACCAUCAGGACUCACAGAAGACAAUAAAAAUUCAGUUAGACCAUUUUUGACACCUUUGAUCCUACCAAAAGCAGGCCAUGCUUUUAUUCUUUUUAGUCAGUGCAACUGAGGAUGACUCUGAGCCAAAACCUUGCUGCAAGUGCUCCUGAGCUUGCCAAUCGGGAUCUGUUCCUGCCCUUUUCUUUUUUCCAGAAGAGCAAACCAGUUCUCUGAAA